AUGACUUCUUUGUCGAGAAUACUUGGUGUCUCUGAGCGGGGAGCUGGUAAUGCAAACGGCAGCAAGCCUGUCAUGCUCGAGACUGAACGUCUUUUCGAAGGAGGCGAUGGUGCUGAGGGCGAAGGUGAAGCCUCGCGCGAAUUUGGAUCUUGUCUGUAUAAGUAUAUGGCCACUGGAAUCCGAGGAGCGAGCACAGACAUGGAGGCUGAUGCAGGGACGAACAAGGCCCAACAACAAGAACAGACCACGAAUCAACGUGACUCACUGCCUUGGCGUUUAGAGGAGGACGAUCUCAAAGGGCACCACGACACUUAUGUGAUUUGA